AUCACUUCUCAACUGAAAAGCUUAAGGUUAUCUCCUUUCUUCUUACUCUAACUAGCCACAUUUGGGAGGUUAGGUGGUGUAAUUUUCCGACGAAAUGAGGCUUCAAGGUGGCGGCCCUGCCAAGGGUCGUCAAUAUUUGCCACAAAUCUUAACGGUGUUGGCCAUAUUGGUUGUUGCUAAUGUAGUGUCGGCAGACCCUUAUGUAUACUCUUCUCCACCACCUCCAACGUAUGAGUACAAGUCACCACCGCCUCCUUCUCCUUCUCCACCACCACCCUAUGUAUACAAAUCUCCACCUCCUCCCUCACCUUCUCCCCCGCCUCCAUAUGUUUAUAAGUCACCUCCUCCUCCUUCUCCAUCACCUCCUCCUCCUUCUCCAUCACCACCUCCUCCAUAUGUGUAUACGUCUCCACCCCCUCCUUCACCAUCUCCACCACCACCAUAUGUGUAUAAGUCACCACCACCUCCCUCACCGUCUCCACCUCCACCCUAUGUGUAUAAGUCUCCACCACCUCCAUCGCCAUCUCCACCUCCACCAUAUUAUUACAAAUCUCCUCCUCCACCAUCACCUUCACCACCACCUCCGUAUUACUACAAGUCUCCACCUCCACCUUCUCCAUCACCUCCACCACCAUACUAUUACAAAUCUCCACCACCUCCUUCGCCUUCUCCUCCACCACCUUAUUACUACAAGUCUCCUCCACCACCAUCUCCAUCACCACCACCACCAUACUAUUACAAGUCUCCUCCUCCACCAUCCCCAUCACCACCCCCACCAUACUAUUACAAGUCUCCACCACCACCUUCUAAAUCACCUCCUCCCCCGUACUAUUACAAUUCUCCGCCACCACCAGUGAAGUCUCCCCCUCCACCAUAUUAUUACUCCUCACCACCACCACCAAAGAAAUCACCUCCUUCACCAUAUCACUAUACUUCCCCACCACCACCUGUUAAAUCACCACCUCCUCCAUACUACUACUCCUCUCCACCACCACCCAAGAAAUCACCUCCUCCACCAUAUCAUUACACUUCUCCACCACCACCUGUUAAGUCACCACCUCCUCCAUACUACUACAACUCUCCACCACCACCAACUCAUUACUAUCCUCCACAUCAUCAAUUUGUGGUCAAAGUUGUCGGAAAAGUCUAUUGCUUUAGAUGUUUUGAUUGGAAGCACCCAAAAAUGUCUCACGGCAAGAAACACCUGAAAGGGGCUGUUGUUGAAGUAACUUGCAAGGCUGGUGACAAGAAAAUUGUGAGUUAUGGUACCACUAAGAACAAUGGCAAAUUUAGCAUCACUGUUGAAGGAUUUGAAUAUAGCAAAUAUGGAGCAAAGGCUUGCAAGGCUAAACUCCACAAUGCUCCAAAGGAUUCAAAGUGUAGCAUUCCUACAAACCUUCAUUGGGGAAUUAAGGGUGCUAACCUCAAAGUGAAGUCAAAGAAUAAAUAUGAAGUUGUACUCUAUGCACAACCAUUUGCUUAUGGCUCUAAGACACCUUAUGCCGAAUGCAAAAAGUCCAAGCCUACACCUGCUCCAUACUACUAUAAAUCUCCUCCACCUCCAUCACCGACUUAUGUUUAUAAGUCACCACCUCCUCCAUCACCAAAAUAUGUGUAUAAGUCUCCACCACCACCUGCUUACUAUUACAAAUCUCCGCCACCACCAACUAAGUCUCCGCCACCUCAUUAUUAUUACAAGUCACCACCUCCACCAUCACCAAAACCUACACCAGUAUAUUAUUACAAAUCUCCGCCCCCGCCAACUAAGUCUCCACCACCUCCAUAUUACUACAAGUCUCCACCUCCACCAUCACCAAAACCUGAGCCAGUAUACUAUUAUAAAUCUCCGCCCCCACCAACUAAGUCUCCACCACCUCCAUAUUACUACAAGUCUCCACCUCCACCAUCACCAAAACCUGCACCAGUAUACUAUUAUAAAUCACCCCCACCCCCAUCACCAUCACCACCCCCACCUUACUACUACAAGUCUCCACCACCACCAUCACCUUCUCCCCCACCUCCCUAUUACUAUAAGUCUCCUCCACCACCAUCGCCAUCUCCUCCUCCACCCUACUACUACAAAUCCCCUCCUCCACCAUCUCCGUCACCACCUCCACCAUACUACUACAAGUCACCACCACCACCAUCGCCAUCUCCUCCACCACCAUACUACUACAAUUCCGGUGAAAUGAGGCUUCAAGGUGGCGGCCCUGCCAAGGGUCGUCAAUAUUUGCCACAAAUCUUAACGGUGUUGGUUAUAUUGGUUGUUGCUAAUGUAGUGUCAGCAGACCCUUAUGUAUACUCUUCUCCACCACCUCCACCGUAUGAGUACAAGUCACCACCGCCUCCUUCUCCUUCUCAGCCACCACCUUAUGUGUACAAAUCUCCACCUCCUCCCUCACCUUCUCCCCCGCCUCCAUAUGUUUAUAAGUCACCUCCUCCUCCUUCUCCAUCUCCACCUCCUCCAUAUGUGUAUACGUCUCCACCCCCUCCAUCGCCAUCUCCACCGCCACCAUAUGUGUAUAAGUCCCCACCACCUCCCUCACCAUUUCCACCUCCACCAUAUUACUAUAAAUCUCCUCCUCCACCAUCACCUUCACCACCACCUCCAUAUUACUACAAGUCUCCACCUCCACCUUCACAGUCGCCUCCACCACCAUACUAUUACAAAUCUCCACCACCACCUUCACCAUCACCUCCUCCACCAUAUUAUUAUAAGUCUCCACCCCCACCUUCUCCUUCACCUCCUCCACCGUAUUAUUAUAAAUCUCCACUACCUCCUUCACCUUCUCCCCCACCACCUUAUUACUACAAGUCUCCACCUCCUCCAUCACCAUCACCACCACCACCACCACCAUACUACUACAAGUCUCCUCCUCCUCCAUCACCAUCACCACCACCACCUUACUAUUACAAGUCUCCACCACCACCUUCACCUUCACCUCCUCCACCGUACUAUUACAAUUCUCCACCACCACCAGUGAAGUCUCCCCCUCCACCAUAUUACUACUCAUCACCACCACCACCAAAGAAAUCACCUCCCCCACCUUAUCACUACACUUCUCCACCACCACCUGUUAAGUCAUCACCUCCUCCAUAUUACUACUCCUCACCACCACCACCAAAGAAAUCACCUCCUCCACCAUAUCACUACAGUUCCCCACCACCACCAGUUAAGUCACCUCCAACUCCAUACUACUAUAAGUCUCCACCACCACCACCAAAGAAGUCUUCUCCCCCACCAUACUACUAUACUUCACCACCACCACCAACUCACUACUAUCCUCCACAUCAUCAAUUCGUGGUCAAAGUUGUUGGCAAAGUCUAUUGUUUUAGAUGUUAUGAUUGGAAGCAUCCAGAAAUGUCUCAUGGCAAGAAACACCUAAAAGGUGCUGUUGUUGAAGUGACUUGCAAGGCUGGUGACAAGGAAAUUGUGAGUUAUGGUACCACUAAGAUCAAUGGCAAAUUUAGCAUCACAGUUGAAGGAUUUGAAUAUCGCAAAUAUGGAGCAAAGGCUUGCAAGGCUAAACUCCACAAUGCUCCAAAGGAUUCGAAGUGUAGCAUUCCUACAAAUCUUCAUUGGGGAAUUAAGGGUGCUAAUCUCAAAGUGAAGUCAAAGAAUAAAUAUGAAGUUGUUCUCUAUGCAAAACCAUUUGCUUAUGGCUCUAAGACACCUUACGCGAAAUGCCAAAAGCCCAAGCCUACACCUGCUCCGUAUUAUUAUAAAUCACCUCCACCACCAUCACCAACUUACGUUUAUAAGUCACCACCUCCUCCAUCACCAACAUAUGUUUACAAGUCACCACCUCCUCCAACUCCGGCAUACGUUUACAAGUCUCCACCACCACCUACUUAUUAUUACAAGUCUCCACCUCCACCAUCACCAAAACCUUCACCUAUAUACUAUUAUAAAUCACCACCACCUCCAUCACCAUCGCCUCCACCUCCUUACUAUUACAAAUCUCCACCACCACCAACUAAGUCUCCACCACAUCCUUAUUACUACAAAUCUCCACCUCCACCAUCACCAAAACCUGCACCUGUAUACUAUUAUAAAUCACCACCACCCCCAUCACCAUCACCACCCCCACCUUACUACUACAAGUCUCCACCACCACCAUCUCCUUCACCUCCUCCACCAUACUACUAUAAGUCCCCACUACCACCAUCACCAUCUCCUCCACCACCAUACUACUACAAGUCCCCUCCUCCCCCGUCACCUUCUCCUCCUCCACCAUACUACUAUAAGUCACCACCACCACCGUCACCAUCUCCCCCACCACCCUACUACUACAAGUCUCCUCCACCACCGUCACCAUCUCCCCCACCACCAUACUACUAUAAGUCACCACCACCACCUUCACCGUCUCCUCCACCACCCUAUUAUUACAAGUCUCCACCACCACCAUCACCAUCACCUCCACCACCCUACUACUACAAGUCUCCUCCUCCUCCAUCACCUUCUCCCCCUCCACCAUACUACUACAAGUCACCACCACCUCCAUCACCAUCUCCUCCACCACCCUACUACUACAAGUCGCCUCCUCCACCAUCGCCUUCUCCCCCACCUCCUUACUACUAUCACUCUCCCCCUCCACCAGUAAAGUCUCCUCCCCCUCCUUAUUACUAUAGCUCACCUCCUCCACCAGUAUAUAUUUACGCUUCACCACCACCUCCCAUUCACUACUAAGAAAUUUCAAGUGUUCAAUCAUUCUCCACAAUCAAUCAAGUUUUAGUUUGAAGCACAAAAUAAAUUAUGAUGGCUUCUUGAGGAGAAGAUUCAAACGUCAAUGGAACAAUGCUUCAUAGUGUUUAUUUCUUUGUAAUUUAUUGUUUGUAUUGAGGAUAUCCUCAAAUUAUUCAUUCCUACUAAUUAAAUUGUAUUUUGUUAGUUUGUGCACAAAUCAAUAAGAAGGUCAAUUUGGUCCCAAAUGA